GAGGCGGCGGCGGCGGCGCUGAGGAGACGGACGGAGGCCCCACAGAGGCAGCAUAUCCUGAAAUACCAGAUGCUGGAGACCUAAGUUACAGCAGGCCAGAGAGAGGCCUGUAGCCUUACUGCAUUGAUUGUGGGCUUCCCAGAGAUGUCUUGAGCGGCUGCUGUUGCAAAGAUAAUGCUGUAGUCGAAGGACCCUUGAUCGGAUCCAGAAGGUCUCUUCUGUUGUUCUUCAACCUGAAUUGAAGUCAAACUGAAGUCAUUUCCUCGUGCUUUUAUUUACAACGUAAUACUAAGCUGCGUCUAUAUCAGUGAGUAACCCACCUCAGAGAUGGUGAAGCUGGACAUUCACACGUUGGCUCAUCACCUCAAGCAGGAACGGCUCUAUGUGAACUCGGAAAAGCAGCUGAUCCAGAGACUGAAUGCUGAGGUGCUGAAGACGGCUGAAAAGCUGUACCGCACAGCAUGGAUUUCCAAGCAACAGAGGAUUAACUUGGACCGGCUGAUCAUAACAAGUGCUGAAGCUUCCCCAGCUGAGUGCUGCCAGCAUGCCAAGGUCUUGGAGGACACGCAGUUCGUGGAUGGAUAUAAGCAGUUGGGGUUUCAAGAGACGGCCUACGGGGAAUUCCUCAACAGGCUGCGCGAGAACCCCCGUCUCAUCGCUUCCUGCCUGGUUGCUGGAGAGAAGCUCAACCAGGAGAACACGCAGAGCAUCAUUCAUAUGGUCUUUACCUCCAUCUACGGCAACUGCAUCAUGCCGGAAGAUGAAAGCUACCUCCUCCAGGUCUUGCGUUACUUGAUUGAGUUCGAACUCAAGGAGAGCGAUAACCCCAGGCGGCUCCUGCGGAGAGGGACGUGCGCCUUCAGCAUCCUCUUCAAGCUCUUUUCCGAGGGGCUGUUCUCAGCCAAGCUCUUCCUCACCGCCACUUUGCACGAGCCCAUCAUGCAGCUGCUGGUCGAGGACGAAGACCACCUGGAAACUGACCCCAACAAACUGAUCGAACGCUUCUCGCCCGCCCAGCAGGAGAAGCUCUUCGGCGAGAAGGGCACCGAAAAGUUCCGGCAAAAAGUCCAGGAGAUGGUGGACUCGAACGAGGCCAAGCUGGUGGCCCUGGUGAACAAGUUCAUCAGCUACCUCAAGCAGAACACCUACUGCUUCCCGCACAGCUUGCGCUGGAUUGUGUCGCAGAUGUACAAAACGCUGUCGUGCGUGGACAGGCUGGACGUUGGGGAAGUGAGAGCCAUGUGCACCGACCUUCUCUUGACCUGCUUCAUUUGCCCGGCAGUGGUCAAUCCAGAACAGUACGGGAUUAUUUCUGAUGCCCCGAUCAAUGAAGUGGCGAGGUUUAACCUGAUGCAGGUUGGCAGACUUUUGCAGCAGCUGGCCAUGACCGGUUCUGAGGAAGGAGACCCCCGCACGAAGAGCAACCUGGCUAAAUUCGACAAAGGUUGUGUGGCCGCAUUCUUGGACGUCGUCAUCAGCGGGAGGGCGGUAGAAACUCCUCCCAUGUCCUCCGUUAACCUUUUGGAAGGGCUAAGCAGAACUGUGAUUUACAUGACAUACGGCCAACUCACUGCCCUGGUCGGCUUUAUGCGGAAUGUCAUGUCCAGUGACCAGCUGAAGGAAGACCGGAUGGCUCUGGAAAACCUACUGUUAAACUUACCUCAGAACAAGCCAGGGAAAAGCAGCAGUUUGGAAAUGACGCCCUACAACACCCCACAGCUCUCUCCAGCAACCACGCCGGCUAACAAAAAGAAUCGUCUGCCUAUAGGACAACAGCUGGCAGCCAUCACUGCCUGGGACACAUCCGCCACCAACCUGACAGCUCACAUAAAUCUAGUAACCCCAUUUGCUACCCGUAGCAAGAGCCGUUCGAAUAUUCAAGUGGACCAGCACACGGACCACGAAGGACUCUCUCAGGAGACGAUACAAGAAGUUCAGCCGGAAGAGGUCUUGGUUAUUUCUCUUGGGACCGGACCCCAAAUUACUCCUGGAAUGAUGUCAGAAAAUGAGGUUUUAAACAUGCAGCUUGCUGAUGGAGGGCAAGGAGAUGUCCCUGUCGAUGAAACCAAACUCCACGGUAAACCUGAUAAAACCUUGCGCUUUUCCCUCUGCAGUGAUAAUCUGGAAGGCAUAUCUGAAGGCCCUUCAAACCGCUCUAAUUCUGUCUCGUCGCUGGAUUUGGAAGGGGAAUCCGUGUCGGAGCUAGGCGCAGGCCCUUCAGGAAGCAAUGGCGUGGAAGCACUGCAGCUGUUGGAGCAUGAGCAAGCCACGACUCAGGACAACCUCGACGACAAACUCCGCAAAUUCGAGAUUCGCGACAUGAUGGGGCUGACAGAGGACCGGGACAUCUCGGAAACCGUGAGCGAGACUUGGAGCACCGAUGUCCUCGGAAGCGACUUCGAUCCAAAUAUCGACGAGGACCGUUUGCAGGAGAUUGCGGGUGCUGCUGCAGAGAAUAUGCUGGGGACUUUGCUUUGCUUGCCCGGCUCAGGAUCGGUCCUCUUCGACCCCUGCACGGGUUCUACCAUUUCCGAAACCACGAGUGAAGCUUGGAGUGUUGAAGUGUUACCAAGCGAUUCAGAAGCCCCGGACCUAAAACAGGAGGAAAGGCUGCAGGAGCUGGAGAGCUGCUCGGGCGUCGGGAGCACCUCUGACGACACGGAAGUCAGGGAGGUCAGCUCUCGCCCCAGUACGCCAGGCCUCAGCGUUGUAUCAGGUAUCAGUGCAACUUCUGAAGACAUCCCCAACAAGAUCGAAGACCUGCGGUCUGAGUGCAGCUCUGACUUUGGUGGGAAAGAUUCAGUAACCAGCCCUGAUAUGGAUGAAACCGCUCACGGUGCCAGCCAGCUGACCUCUCCCCCUUCUCAGGUGGACUCCUUGCUUGCCAUGUUCGACCCCUUGUCUUCUCAUGAAGUGGUGAGGCCUAAGGUGCACUACGCGAGGCCUUCGCACCCCCCGCCGGAUCCCCCGAUCCUGGAAGGGGCCCUGGGAGGCAACGACGCGCGGCUGCCCAACUUCGGCUCCCACACCGCCACCCUCCUCGACGCCGAGGCGUUCAAGCAGCGCUACUCCUAUCCCGAAAGGCUCGUCCGGAGCAGGAGCUCCGACAUCGUGUCAUCAGCUCGGAGGCCAAUGAGCGACCCCGGUUGGAACAGGAGAGCCGGCAAUGAGGACCGGGACCUUGCUGCGCCUGGCGUAGGCGUGGGGGGAGCCGCUUUGAGUAUGGCCCCACAGUCCUCUUCCUCUUCUCCGAGCAAAGAUUUCUGCAGAGGAGAGGCCGAGGACCGGAAGGACAGCGAUGAUGAGAAAUCUGACCGGAACAAACCAUGGUGGAGGAAGCGUUUUGUUUCAGCGAUGCCCAAAGCUCCAAUCGCGUUUAGAAAAAAAGAAAAACAAGACAAGGACAAAGACGACUUUGUGCCCGAUAGAUAUGGCUCGCUUCAAGCCAUCUUCCCCACACAGCUGAUUCAGGGGAAAGUGAAAUGGCCUCUCUGCAGGCUUGAUGAAUCCGGCCCGAGGCUCAGCGCCCAGGCCCAGGCGGCAGAAGACAUCCUGGACAAGUAUAGGAAUGCGAUUAAGCGGACCAGCCCCAAUGAGGCUGCUGUUGUGAGCUAUGAUAGCACAGAUGCCAUCGGAGACAGCGAAAGCAUCCAUGACUCCCCACGGGACGACAACUUGCAGAACAUGUCUGCGGAUGACCUCCCGGAUUCCGCCAGUCAAGCAGCACAGCCCCAAGAUUCCGCCUUCUCCUACAGGGAUGCAAAGAAGAAACUGCGUCUCGCGCUGUGCUCGGCGGACUCCGUGGCCUUCCCCAUGCUGUCCCACUCCACGCGGAACGGCCUUCCGGAUCAUACGGACCCUGAAGACAACGAAAUCGUCUGCUUCCUCAAAGUCCAGCUGGCUGAAGCCAUCAACCUUCAGGACAAGAACCUGAUGGCCCAGCUCCAGGAGACCAUGCGCUGCGUCGGCCGCUUUGACAACAGGACCUGCUGCAAACUCCUGGCCUCCAUUGCUGAGGAUUACAGGAAAAGAGCUCCGUAUAUCGCGUACCUGACACGGUGCCGCCAAGGCCUCCAGACCACCCAGGCCCACCUGGAAAGGCUGUUGCAAAGAGUCCUGCGAGACAAGGAACUGGCCAACCGGUACUUCACCACCGUGUGCGUGCGGUUGUUGCUGGAGAGCAAAGAGUCAAAGAUACGGGAGUUCAUUCAAGAUUUCCAGAAGCUGACAGCAGCGGACGACAAGACGGCUCAGGUGGAGGACUUCCUUCAGUUCCUGUACGGGGCCAUGGCCCAGGACGUCAUCUGGCAGAACGCCAGCGAGGAACAGCUGCAGGACGCCCAGCUGGCGAUUGAGCGCAGCGUCAUGAACCGCAUCUUCAAGCUGGCCUUUUACCCCAACCAGGAUGGGGACAUCUUGCGUGACCAGCUUCUCCACGAUCACAUCCAGAGGUUAUCUAAAGUAGUCACUGCAAACCAUAAAGCGCUUCAGAUACCUGAGGUCUACCUCCGCGAAGCGCCGUGGCCGUCGGCCCAGUCUGAAAUCCGCACCAUCAGCGCCUACAAGACGCCCCGGGACAAGCUGCAGUGCGUCUUGCGAAUGUGUUCCACCAUCAUGAACCUGCUGAGCCUGGCGAAUGAAGACUCGGUCCCCGGGGCAGACGACUUCGUCCCCGUCCUCGUGUUUGUGCUCAUAAAGGCCAAUCCGCCCUGCCUGCUGUCCACGGUCCAGUACAUCAGUAGUUUCUACGCCAACUGCUUAACUGGCGAAGAAUCCUAUUGGUGGAUGCAGUUCACGGCGGCCGUGGAGUUCAUUAAGACUAUCGACGAACGGAAGUGACCCAAACCAGCAAUCCUCCGCCGAACGAAAACCGCUCCGAGAGAAAGACCUCUAAGAAUGUAUGUCGCCCGUUCCCCGCCCCUCCGAGGCUACAGAGAAAGGAAUGAGGGGAGGAGGAAGGACUUCUGUAUGUAAAUAUUGUACAGAAUCCAGGCAUUUUAAAAACCUUUAUUAAUCAAACUAAUUCCAAUAGGGUGAUUUGGGGUAUUGUUUGAUUGUGUGUGUCUUUUUUUUUUUUAAAAAAAAUCUCUCUUUCCCAUAAAAAAAAGUGGGGGGGGAAAAGAACUAGCACUGUGUCAAAACUUAAUAAAAAAAGGGACCAUAUCAUAUGCUAAAGGUAUCCUGGGAACUACAGGCCUUUCUUUGCUGCUGCAACAGCUACACCCUUUUUCUAACAGUUCAGUUCACAUGGUGUUUUUUUUUAAAACAAAUAUAAUUUUUUUAAAAGAAAAAAAAAAACUUGGGGAGGGGGGUGUUGGAAACGAGAGGGAAGCACUUUCUAACGAUCCUUGUUCGCGUAACGCGUUUUCGGGGGCGCGAGGGGAAACACCAGCCACGGGGGGCAGUUUGCAGCGAGCGGGGCGCGCAAAGGCGGACUUGAAUCAUGAAAUCACAAUGUAAAUAUAACAGUGACGAUACUUUCGACAAACCUCUGCCCUUCUCGGCCUGCCUGUCUGGCAGUGAGUAUGAGUACGUGACCCCCUUUUUUUUGGGGGGGGGGCAAUAAUUGCGACGACCCCUAGCAGAAUUUAAGCUACUUUUUUGGGUGGGGGAACGACCUGAAGCCCCCGAGUAUUUAUUAAAACGUAAAAGCUUACCGAACGUUACUAAAACUAGAAGUUAUUCACAGGGCUUUCUCAUUAGCAUAUUCUUUUUUUUUUAAUUUUGGGACAGGGCAUUAGCGUCCUCAUCUGUUGCACAAAAGAUACAAGAUUUGGGGUUUAUAAAGAAGGGGAAUUGUUUGAAGAGAAGAAGUUCUAAUAUAAGCAAAAAGCAUCAAUACCUUGUUAAGUUUGGAGUUUUUGGGUUUUUUUCCCCUUCUGAAAUACUGUGUAUACUGUACAAACCCCGAAACAAAAUUUUCCCUAUGAAACCAGAAACUGUAAUAUAUAUUUUGAUUAUUCAUAUUAAAAAAAAACGUACGCCGGG